AUGUUCUCGCGAGCCACCCGGUUAACAAGGGCGCUGCCCAUCCGCGUUGCUGCUGCCCGCGCCAGCCCUGUCACGGCUUCGCUUGCCCGGAGGACCGUCACCACCAAUGCCGCUUCGGCGCAGGUUGAUAAGAGCUCCGUCCCCCAGUCCGAAGAUGAGCCCUUCCAUGUCACCCUUUCCGACGAGAGCUUCGAGACGUACGAGCUCGACCCCCCACCUUACCAGCUUGAGGUCACCAAGAAGCAGUUGAAGCAGAUGUAUAAGGAUAUGGUUGUCGUCAGACAAAUGGAGAUGGCUGCCGACAGACUAUACAAGGAGAAGAAGAUUCGGGGUUUCUGCCACCUCUCCACCGGUCAGGAGGCCGUCGCCGUCGGUAUCGAGCAUGCGAUCAACAAGUCGGACGAUGUCAUCACCUCUUACAGAUGCCACGGUUUCGCCUAUAUGAGAGGCGGCACUGUGCGCUCCAUCAUUGGCGAGCUUCUUGGUCGCCGUGAGGGUAUUGCGUACGGCAAGGGCGGUUCUAUGCACAUGUUCGCCAAGGGCUUUUAUGGCGGCAACGGCAUUGUCGGCGCUCAGGUGCCUGUCGGUGCCGGGUUGGCUUUUGCCCAGAAGUAUACCGGUGGCAAGAAGGCUACUGUUAUCCUGUAUGGUGAUGGUGCUUCCAACCAGGGUCAGGUGUUUGAGGCUUUCAACAUGGCCAAGCUUUGGAAGUUGCCCGCCCUUUUCGGGUGCGAGAGUGAGUUUCCAGACACUGCUACGAACAUAGGGGUCAUUGCUAACAUUGUGGCUCUCAGACAACAAGUACGGUAUGGGUACCUCCGCUGCCCGCUCCUCCGCCCUGACCGACUACUACAAGCGCGGCCAGUACAUCCCCGGUCUCAAGGUCAACGGCAUGGACGUCCUUGCGGUCAAGGCGGCCGUCCAGUACGGCAAGCAGUGGACUGA